UAGUACGGAGGAACAAAUCUAUCGUCAACUUCCGCAACGUCCAUUGUCCACCUCCAAACCGGCCAUAACCCAAUCAUCCGUUCACAAGUCUGAAAAGUGAAAACCCCCAAAUCAUUUUCUAAUCCUAACCCAAGAAACCCUAAUCGAAGCCUUAACAAUGGGAGCAACCGCACCAACUGAUCCCUCUAAAGAAGCAAACCAAGAUCCAUCACCAGACGAACAACAAAAACAACGUUCUGAAAUCUACACUUACGAAGCACCAUGGCAUAUCUACGCCAUGAAUUGGAGUGUUCGUCGCGACAAAAAGUACCGACUCGCUAUUGCUUCCCUUACUGAACAUGCACAAAAUCGAGUCGAAAUCGUUCAACUCGAUGAUUCUACUGGUGAAAUCAAAUCUGACCCUUCUCUCUCCUUUGACCAUCCUUACCCACCCACUAAAGCAAUUUUCAUUCCUGAUAAAGAUUGUUCUAAAUCUGACCUUCUAGCAACGUCAUCCGAUUAUCUUCGAAUUUGGCAUAUAAACUCGGAUUCUUCUAAUUCGUCUAAAGUUGAGCUUAAAUCUUUCCUUAAUGGCAACAAAAACUCAGAAUAUUGUGGCCCAUUGACUUCUUUUGAUUGGAAUGAGGCUGAACCGCGUCGCAUUGGGACUUCUUCAAUUGAUACGACUUGUACAAUUUGGGAUAUUGAGCGAGAAACUGUGGAUACUCAAUUGAUUGCUCAUGAUAAAGAGGUUUAUGAUAUUGCUUGGGGAGGUGCUGGGGUUUUUGCGUCUGUUUCUGCAGAUGGUUCUGUUAGGGUUUUUGAUUUAAGAGAUAAAGAACAUUCAACUAUUAUCUAUGAGAGUUCUGAACCUGAUACUCCUUUGGUUAGAUUAGGGUGGAAUAAACAAGAUCCAAGAUAUAUGGCUACAAUUAUCAUGGAUAAUCCGAAAGUUGUAGUUUUGGAUAUCCGUUUUCCGACACUUCCUGUCGUUGAAUUGCAAAGGCAUCAAGCUAGUGUUAAUGCCAUUGCUUGGGCUCCUCAUAGCUCUUGUCAUAUCUGUACUGCUGGGGAUGAUAUGCAAGCUUUGAUUUGGGAUUUGUCUUCCAUGGGUCAGCCUGUGGAAGGUGGGUUAGACCCGAUUUUGGCUUACACUGCAGGAGCUGAGAUCGAGCAGCUUCAAUGGUCGUCGUCUCAGCCUGAUUGGGUAGCUAUUGCUUUCUCUAAUAAGCUUCAGAUUUUAAGGGUUUGAACUGGAUUUUGUUUGUUGGGGGAAGUGGGUGGUGUUGAUUGAAUGAUUGUAGCAUAUCUGUCUAUUAAUAGAAGGUGAAAUUUCUAUCUAUUCUACUGAGUAGUGUUUGUUGCAUUGGUUUACUCCAUUUGUAUGAAAUCUGGUUUUAUUCUAUGUCCUUUCAAAGAAAGUGAUGCAAUUAGUAAUUUGUAUUGAAAUGAUGCUUUUUACAAUUCAAGGUGAUCUUAUGAUUGUGUUUGA